GUACGGGAGCAGAGUGAAGCGUUCACACAUCCGGGCAUCUCCGCUCUGACAGACUCGGAGUGCCAAGGCGACCGUGUCAAUACAAAGCCGAGUCUUUAGCUGGAGCUAGCGGAUCUUUCACACACUUUCACUGAGUUUUAGCGGAGUUCCUCGGCUCCUCAGACCGACACUGCGCUGUAGAUGUUGUCUGGGUUCAGUAUGGAUAUUCUUUAGUCGACGACACUUGGGCAUCGCUCUGGUAUGCAGGUAAAAUCCACUGCUUGCUGUUAACACUUUCACAGUGUCACUGUGCACCGUGCAACAUCUCAUUCACACUGGGGAUUGGUGAGAUACAUGGUUUUUCAUGAAGAGAAGCGAGAAACUCGAAGGAUACAGGCAGAUGCGGCCGAAGACGUUUCCGGCAAGCAACUACAGUGGCAACAGUCAGCAGAUGUUGCAGGAGAUACGGGAGAGCCUACGGAACCUCUCCCGCCUGUCUUCUGAUGCUGGCAAGGUGGAGACAGGUGGGGGCAAGAGCCUGCCAGAGGACCCGCGCCAGCAGGGCCGCAGUGCCAACCCCAAAAACCCCCACCACAAAGCCCUGCAGGUGAUUCGAGAAUCAUUAUUGCCAUUUGCCAACGAGCCCACCUGCACCGGUCGUGGAUAUGAGGUUAACAUGCAGAUGCUACAGGAGCUGUUGGCGGCAGGCUUUGACGAGGAGCUGGUGAUCUGUGCUCUGAGGAAUACCAACAAUCGCAGUGUGGGGGCAGCUAAAGAAUACAUCAGUAAGAUGAGCUACCAGGACCCAGUGAGAGAGCAGAUGGCAGCUGUAGCAGCACGUCCAGCUAACGCAGCCAUCAAAGCAGCUGGCCCCUCUCACAUCCAGCAGCCUGUUCUACGGAGGCCAAGUUGGAAGGGCUCCAAGGAAUCUCUGGCUCCACAGUGGCACGGAGCCCUCAUGGCUGAUGGCAUCAUGUACCGCUCUAACAGCCCUGGCCCUCAAGCUGACCUCCCCAGAUCUUCCACCUACCCCCAGAAUCUUGCGUCUGGUGUCAGCAGCCAGCGGGUGAAUCCUCCACUUCCACCUCAAGUUCGUAGUGUCACUCCUCCCCCUUCUUCCUGGGAAUCAAACCCUGCCACCAAGCGCUAUUCUGGAAACAUGGACUACCUCGGGCCCCGCAUUUCGCCUGUUCCUCAGGGGCAAUGGCCUGACAACUUUCCAACCCCUGCAGGCCAGGCCCAAAGAGGCAUCAGCCCGGUGCCCAUAGGCCGCCAGCCCAUAAUUAUGCAGGGCUCUGGUGGAAACAAGUUCAGCUUUCCCCCUGCCUGGCCACAGAAUGGCUCAGGACAGGCAGAGUACGGCAGUGGCAGGCAGCCUCCUCCACCGUACCCACUGGGUCAAGCAAGCAGACAUAGUCCUACUGCCCAGCAAAUGCAGUCUGGUGGUCCCACUCCCUCCCCACCCUACUCCAAUGGAGGCAACCUGCCACCAUCCAUGUUGGUGCCCAAUCGUAACAGCCACAAUUUGGACAUGUAUCUUGGAGUACUGCCUCAGCCUAGACCACAGCAGCCUGGCUCUUCCCCUGGAAGCAGCAGUAAUCAAGAGGUUCCCUUACCCUCUUGGCCUCAUAGCAUCCCAGCACGCUCCAACUCAUUCACAAACACACAAUCGGGUGGACGGCCAUGUCCACCUGCACCCAACUCACAGCCCUCAGCCACAACUGUCACUGCCAUCACACAGGCACCCAUUCUGCAACCGGUGAAAAGCAUGCGGGUACAAAAACCUGAACUUCACACAGCUGUGGCCCCAACUCACCCACCCUGGCUCCAGCAGCAGCAGCCACCCCCUCCUCACUCCCCCUAUCAGGAUGCUUCUGGGGCAGGGCCUACUGUACCUCAGAUGCCAGCUGUGUCUGAGGUGCCCAGCUACCAGGGUCCUCCACCUCCUUAUCCUAAGCACCUCCAAAAGCAGCAACCACCAGCUCCAUGCCCAGCAUAUGAGCCCAACCCCAAUGGCAGGAAGGAAGAUAAGGGUGGGGAGGAUGACACAGACAAUGCCAGCACUUGCUCCAGUGAGCGCGCUGAAAGCUCUGAGGCAGCUGUGGGGACAGAGCGGGAGAAAAAGCUGAUCAACACUUCUCCAGUCCCGGUACGGAGAAACAAACGAGAUGAGGAACGUCGAGGAGAUGGUAGAGUACAGCUCUAUUCACCGCAAGCCUUCAAGUUCUACAUGGAGCAGCAUGUGGAGAACAUCUUAAAGAACCACCAGCAAAGGAUCCGUCGCAAGAAACAGCUAGAGAGCGAAAUGCAACGGGUGGGUCUAUCUGAGGAUGCUCAGGAGCAGAUGCGCAUGAUGCUCUCUCAGAAGGAGUCAAACUACAUCCGGCUCAAACGUGCAAAGAUGGAGAAGUCCAUGUUUGAGAAGAUAAAAACGCUGGGUAUUGGAGCGUUUGGUGAGGUCUGCUUGGCACGAAAGGUGGACACUGGUGCGCUCUAUGCUAUGAAAACCCUUCGUAAAAAGGAUGUGCUUCUAAGAAACCAGGUGGCCCACGUCAAGGCCGAGCGAGACAUCUUGGCUGAAGCAGAUAAUGAGUGGGUGGUCAAGCUUUACUAUUCGUUUCAGGACAAAGACAAUUUGUACUUUGUCAUGGACUACAUCCCUGGGGGUGACAUGAUGAGCCUGUUAAUCCGCCUGGGCAUCUUUGGCGAAGAGCUGGCACAGUUUUACAUUGCCGAGCUCACCUGUGCUGUAGAGAGUGUGCACAAGAUGGGCUUCAUCCACCGUGACAUCAAGCCAGACAACAUCUUGAUCGACCGUGACGGACACAUUAAGCUCACUGACUUUGGCCUGUGCACAGGUUUCCGCUGGACUCACGAUUCCAAGUACUACCAGAGUGGAGACCAUGUAAGACAGGACAGUAUGGAUUUCAGCAAGGAGUGGGAGGAUCCUGCAAACUGUCGCUGCGGUGACCGGCUCAAACCACUGGAACGGCGGGCUGCUAGGCAACACCAGCGCUGUCUGGCCCACUCACUCGUGGGCACACCUAACUACAUCGCCCCAGAAGUGCUGCUACGGACAGGCUACACACAGCUGUGUGAUUGGUGGAGUGUGGGGGUGAUUCUGUACGAGAUGCUGGUCGGCCAGCCUCCUUUUCUUGCUACAACUCCUCUGGAAACACAGAUGAAGGUGAUAAACUGGCAGACAACACUGCACAUCCCUCCGCAGGCCAAGCUGAGUCCAGAGGCGUCAGACCUGAUCGUGAAGCUAUGCCGAGGGCCUGACGACCGGCUGGGAAAGAACGGCGCUGAUGAAAUCAAAGCCCACCCUUUCUUCAAAAACAUUGACUUCUCCAUUGACCUGCGGCAGCAGCAGCACCCAGCACCCUAUAUCCCUAAAAUAACACACUGCACAGACACGUCCAACUUCGACCCCGUUGACCCUGACAAACUGUGGAGCGACGACGAUGGCAACCACAACGACACGCUGAAUGGCUGGUUUAAGAACGGCAAGCACCCUGAACAUGCCUUCUACGAGUUCACAUUCCGCCGCUUCUUUGACGAUAACGGCCACCCAUACAGCUGCCCCAAACCCAUUGGGUAUGACGGCUAUGAUGAAGAAGGGGAGGAGCCAGAUAACCCCACCCAGGGACAGGAGGCAGGACAAGGGCAGGGACGGGACCUGGUCUAUGUUUAGUUGGCCAUGCCUUACUACAAAAAAAAAAAAAGAAAGAAAAGAGGCAGACACUGCACAUUGUCUACUUGUGGGAUGAAUGAGUGUGUGUGGGGGUGUGUUUGCAUUUGUGUGUGUCUAGCCUUCUACUUCUUUGUUGGUACAGUUUUUACCUGUUUUUACAGUUUUUAUCUGCCUUUACACUACAUAAGGUUGUGUAUAAUUUAUUCUGUGUUUAGAUUGCACUCGUCAAUGCGGUCUGAGCGAAUGAGAAUGUACGAACGCUCUGUACUUUUGAACACCCCAGUUUAAGCCUUAAUUUAUUUAAAGCCGCUGUAAAACGAGGACACUAGUGGCAAAGAUUAGUUCUAUCAUGCCUUCUUCACAAAUGACAUGUUAAUUUAUGAUUUAAGUAGGUGGUGUCUUUCUCGCUCUGAUCUGGCCUUGAGUGGGCUGUGCAGGGAUUGGUUUAUUUAGUAACUUUCUAUUGCUGUGCCUUUCCUUUUACACUCUUUACACCAAAAAACUCGAGGGGAAAUAGCGUUUUUAGCCAGUUGAUUGAACUGACAGAUAGUUUUGAGAAAGGAUAUUCAUAGAGAACAUUUGUGUGAAUUGUAUUAUUAGCAUUCUGUGUAUUUUCUAAUUUAUACACUCAAAUGUAUUUAUAAAUUAUGCAGUGUACAUUUUUGUACAUUUUAUUUUUUUUUUCUUCAUUGUCAAUUCUGUUGGUGUAGGAAAUAAACCUAAGGGCAAGCUCCCUUCCUCUUUUGCUCUCUCUCUUCACCAGA